AUGAGGCAAGUGAGUAAGAACGGAUGAUUGAUCAACGCCACGUUCUCGCCGUUCAGUUCCCGAUCACCACCUUAACCACUUUCCAAGCUAACGUCUCCAGCUCACUCAUCCUGUCAGCCUCAUUUGCCUACUAUACAACGUUUUCUAUCCUAUCUUGUGGAUUUAUUUUAGGGAGACCAUUGUGACAUCUAUCAAAGGCGGGAAUAGAUGGGCGCAUCGCAAUCUUCCGCCUCGCAGGCACCGUCACGAGGACUUCAUGUUUUACGCGUCACACCGUCUUCGCCAGCUUCUCAGACGAACAUAGAACCAUUUUUUGACUUCAUCGUUGGCUUUAAAGGGGACUCUUUAGCGGAGAACCGCACGCUCGAGGCCGCAGAGCUGGAGAAGAUUGUGGAGAGCCACGAAGGCCGAACAUUGAACCUCGUGGUGUGGAACAGCAAAAACCAAAAUACACGAAUCGUACCAAUCGUCCCGUCACGAGAAUGGUCCCUUCCACAUACGUCAAUACCUGAUCCUCAGGAGCCCGAAGCUCAACGAAAGCCCUCAUUGCUCGGCUUGAGCAUGCGAAUGUGUGAACCCGAGACGAGUCUGGACAAUGUCUGGCACGUUUUGGACGUGCUUGAAGGAAGUCCUGCGGAGAGCGCUGGCCUGGUGCCAUAUGGUGAUUGGAUCAUUGGUUGGUCUGGUGGGGUGUUAAGUGCGGAAGGCGACUUCUACGACGUGGUGGAAGCGCAUAUUGAAAAGCCAUUGCGAGUUUACGUAUAUUCGUAUGACUUCGAUACAAUCCGAGAGGUUGUUCUAGUCCCCAAUCGACACUGGGGAGGAGAGGGCCUUCUUGGAUGUGUCUUCGGGUUUGGUCUUUUACAUCGAAUACCUGCCGUGCCGGAGACCCGCGAACCAGGCUCGAUACCCGAAGAGCUACUGGAACCGCCAGACGAAUAUGAAGAACAACAACUCUUCGUCCCUGCUGAUUACGCUGAUGAACCUGAACUGCCAGAGCACGCCGAGGCGAGGAUACGCUGGGAACAAGAGGAAUGGGAACGGGAAGCUUAUGCCAGGAAUUACAUGCAUGAUUCUGCCGUCGAUCCUGCUGCUAAUCACACCUCUUCUUCUGCUUACGAUGACUCGGCUGAGUUUGACAAUGAGUCUCAUUCAACAGACAACAUUCAUAACCAUAGUCCCAUGAAGGGAUCACCGACAACGGAGGAAACGGAGGAUGAGACUGGUGAAGAGUCUUACAAAAUCCUUGCGCCGACCCCUGUGAGGCCAGCUUUGAGGCAAGACUCGGUUGAGUCAACAAUUAUCCGAAUUGCUUCCUCCCGCUCUUCGUCUUUCAGUGUUGCCAGAGCGUCGACGCCAACGCCGACUCGACCAUUUGGGUCAUUUGUGAAUGGUAUCGGCUUGAGCCCUCGCACUCUUUCGUGGGAUCAUCGCACAACCGCAUUUGAUCUCAGUGCUACCAGACAGCUUUCUAGCAGCAACUCUAGGGUGGCAAACUCAGGGCAAGCUGGUGAUGACGAUGAUGACUUGGACGGUACCUUAAGCGUCGCAGGUACCGACUUUACAGAGUUGAGCGAAACCACUUCCAACAGUCUCACCAGUGUCGAUUAGUGCGCCUUUCUCUAUUGGAUUUCGGGUUGAGGACUAAUGUGAUAUCCUAUUUCCGAGCCUUCUCCAUAUCUACCGUCAGACCUUUUGGUUGCGCCAGUUCUUCGCUCCGCCAAGGUACAGGUUCUCAGGGCUUAGAACAGGCAAACAGUGGUGGCGGGCCGCCGGCACGUCGAUAUAUGCAAUGAAUAUGCUCAUGACAU